GAUGGCAUUGACUGGAGGCGCGCUCUUGUUUCAGGCAUGUCCCGUGGCCAGCGCUCGCUCCUUCUGCUAUGCGGCCUGCUGGCGCUCGGACUAAGCGGUGUCCUUUGCGACCACCGCUCGGACUCGCCGCAGCAGGACCAGGAGCAGCUGCUGCACCACAACUCGCACCAGCAGCAGCCCCCGUCGUCCACGCACCAGCACCUCAAGGCCGAGCGUUCGGGCACCUACUACCUGCACGACGUGGACAACAAGGCCCGCUUCGGCGGCGUCGCGGGAGUGGGCGGCUCGGGAAUCACGCUGCUGCUGCCCAUCCUGCUGGUGCUCGGCCUGUUCGUCAUCAUCAUCCCCAUCUUCGGGCUGCUCUUCACCACGGGCCUCGCCGGAGGGUUCGGAGGGUUCGGAGGGUUGGGAGCCGGCGUACCCGGAGGACUCUACCCGGCCGCUUCGGCCGCCGGGCGCAAGUGGACAGGCGCGGAGUCGCCGCUACUGAGUCAGGAGAACGUCAUCAAGAUGGUCAGCUUCGUCGAUAAGGCUCUCCAGGACUUUGGCAAGCAACUCAAGGUCAAGCAGAGCUAACUGCACCUAUAGACUGUAUGUUCAUUGAGACUAGUCUCUCCUCGGGCUGGUCCACAUGCGCUGGACUGGAUGGCGGAGGAAGUUAUUAACACGGCGAAAUUAGCGCCGCGCGCUUAAUUACUAUACGAUUUCACAAUAGGAACAGUCGCGCCCAUUAUAACCGAGAACACGAUGACUUGCAGACAGUGAGCACUCGCGAAGCAUUGGAUCCCUGAAGCCGUGACGUUGGCAUUCGCCACGCCGCUGUGCUAUGUGAAAGAGAUAGAGAGAGAGAGGAAGUAAAUUAAUUUGCUUAUUUGUUUUCUCAGCACAUGCACGGAUUUAUAGAAAGCAACGCGAUACUAAAGUGUAGCCGCUGUUAUGACAAUUCCGAGACGCAAGCGUUGUUACCGUCACAAAAUUAUGCGGUUCUGGCAAACGCGAGUGAGAUGUCACUUUGAAGCGAGAGCAGGGCGUCGCUAUGCUCAGGCUGGGAAACAUAUACGCAGGGCAACGGCAAUACACGCGCGACCUGAACGCGGCGAUUGCGGUCAAUGACAAUGUAAUGGGCUUAAUGACGGACACCCUGAUGGUUUCUGUAGUUUCUGUUUUAGAUGAAUGCGUCACUCACAGGUAUAGCCACUCAAGACCAGCGUCGUGCUGCACAAUUCGUUCACGGCAUGCGUGUUAGAAGUCGUAUAUUGAGCGCGACUGCACUUUUCUGCCGUGCUUUUCAGCGGUAAGGUUUAUGAGGCACCUGCGUACAUAUUUAUCACCCCAACUACUGAGCAGAAAAUGCGGGUCAUUUAAUAUGCGUAUGCACUUAUCACUGUACAUAAAGAGCUGCACGAGCGCGGACACGAUUUUCUACAUCUGUGGUUUUAAUGUAUAUACCUCUCAAGCGCGCAUUAUAGUAAGUUCACGACUUCGUCUGACGCAUGAAUAUGUUAAAAAAUAUUUAUAAAAAACAAUCCAGCAUAAAGCUCGUUCUAACGUGUCGCCAGAAACAAAUACAUUAACAAGAUUUAUCCGUGAUACACAGUGCAGUGUUAUCAUAUUUAGUUAUCAACAGUUCUACAGUAUACACACGUGCGCUUACGUAUGCGCAAAGGGUUUCAAUGUUUGGUAUCUGAAAAAGUGCACAAGCACAUGCGAAUAUACAUGCCUGACUGAGUAUGCACAGUGAUUACAGUAAUAAGCAAUGUUGCAAUUCUUACUCGGCACCGUACAAUAAAUUCGAGGCCUUAAACAUCACAUGUGUCGUGUUGAGCACCAGCGUAAUCGCAUCACUUAAUAGGUUGUGUCCAAAUGCAGGCACCAGCGCCAGUUGCCUCAGAGUAGUAGAAACAGAUAUCGAAGGCUAUUCUUUCGCGGGUUGCACGCCCCGGAAAUGAUUGCGGAGCCAGAAACACGUCAUGGCCGCCAUGUUUUAGACAUCACACGUUCUCCCUGACGCCAUCUUUAUCCAAUCCCUUUCGGUAUAGUGCUUUGGUUCAAGGCGACCUGUAUGCCUUUGUUUAGACUGUCUCGUCCUCUGGGGGUGGUACAAGAACGUAAAACAAUAGGAGAGUUUGUUGCCUUCACAUUUUCUUUUACUAAACGAAAGUGCACAGAUUUGUGGGGUUUAACGUCCGGAAACAACAAACGGGCUACGGGGGAAGCCGUGGUGGAGGGCUCCGGAUUAAUUUAGACCACGUGAGGUACAUUAACGCGUACCUAAAGCACGGUGCACGAGCGCUAUUGCAUUGCGCCCAGUCGGAAUGCGGCCGGGAAUCGGCCCCCGCGACCUCGCGCUCAGCAGUUAAAGGCGAUAACCGCUGCGGCAUAGUUCUGUACUUCGAAAUGCGUCAAUGUAUACAGUAUAUAAGUAAAACGGACAUAAUGCACAAUUCUAUAGAAUAUUUCUUGGGUUGUGACUAGUCAUAAUUAUGGCCUGCAGAACAAAUAAUCAGGGAAACAUUUCCAUCUAGUAAGCAGCGUUAUAGAACAUCUGCACGCUCGUAGGCGCGCUCAUUACGAUUAAAUGCUGCUUAUCUCCGAGUCUAAUCUAAUUCCGCCAAUUGCAACGAUUCUAGUGAUCCGCUAUACGUUUCACACGCCUUUCGUUAAUUCGAAGAACAUUUGCAUUAAUCCAGUCGUUUAUUUCUUCCUCGCAUAGUGAUUUACAUAGAAAGAAACAGUCUCCAUAGUAUAAUGCGCUAGAACAGAUAUUCAUUCAAAACAUGCUGAGCAUAAGUAGAACGUGUAAGUGCUUUAAUACUUUCAAGCACGUACAUUCGCUCACAGUAUUGUUCGGAACUACAGAGAAACCGAAUAUUUAUCGCGGUAUGAGCAGCCAGCGCUGUCGAGAAUCGUACUGCCACCGCCAGAAUGAACAGAAACACGAGUCACAGCCUCCAGCCGGCCCGUCUCCAUAUUUCCCAUUCUUGAUUUUUUCUUAUCCUCAUACCCUAUCGCCCCCCUUAAGCGCGAACUUGUUUUAAGCGUCUUUCGUUUCUCCUGCUAGCGAAGCGGAGCUAUAGAGUUUGUCCGCAACUUAAUUCUGCAUCUGCUAGUCAAUCGAUCGGUUCGCCUCCAUGCAGGCGUUCGAUCAUUUGCAGCUUGCAUCUGUUGGAACAGGGCGGCUAGUCAUUCGCGUCUAUUACGAGGGCGCUUUCGCUCUGGCAGAACACGUUGUACGUACAGAUAAUGACUUCAUCAAAACGACCGUGAAAAAUUAAAACUGGGGAAUAAAAGAGCCGAGUGUAAAUUAGAAGUGAGACCAGAUGGUUGGAUGAUUGCAUUUAAGAGAAAUAAAAGGAAGAUUAUUUGAACAAUGUAGACAGCAAGAAAUUUGGAAGCAUUACAAUAGGGUCAGUAAGAAAAGUACGAAGUAGCGCGGUUAGGGUUUUGCCGCUUCACUGGAUUCAGGCUGUGUCGAACGCAUCCCUGUGGAUAAAAUCCAGUGCUACGUGGCCCAAAGAGAGAGUAGGACCAAAACACGGUGCGCGUCCACAACUGCGGAAUAUUGUAUUU